AGAAUACGGAAUAUUGUUUUGGAUUGUAAAAUUCGAUAGAAAUUUGUUUAAAUCGAUAGAAAAGCACCAUGGUAUUCUAUUUCACAAGCAGUGUGGUAUCUCCGCCAGUAACAUUAUUUAUGGGUGCUGAUAAACAUGAGAAUGAAGAUCUGAUAAAAUGGGGAUGGCCGGAAGAUGUUUGGUUCCACGUGGAUAAAGUUUCGUCAGCUCAUGUUUAUCUACGUCUUACACCUGGCCAGACAAUAGAUGAUAUUCCCAAUUCAGUUCUGGAUGACGCUUGCCAACUAGUCAAAGCUAAUUCAAUACUUGGGAAUAAAAUGAAUGAUAUAGACAUUGUGUACACCAUGUGGGCAAAUUUAAAAAAGACUGCUGGAAUGGAGGUGGGUCAAGUUGCUUUUCAUAAAGACAAAGAUGUCAGAAAAGUGAGAGUAGCUAAAAGAAAUAAUGACAUAGUGAAUAGAUUAAAUAAAACUAAAAAGGAAGCUUUCCCUGAUUUGAGGCAAGAGAGAGAAUCGAGGGACAGGGAAGAAAGAGAAGACAAAAAGAAACUUAUUAGAGAGAAGAAAGAAAAGGAAAAAGAAGAGGAGAAGAAAAAGAAGGAAGAAGCAGAAUUAAGAAGUUACACAACAUUGAUGCGAAAGGAAAAUAUGACCACAAAUUAUGAUGGAAAUGACUCAGACGAUUUUAUGUAGAACUCAAAUAAAUGUCUUCAUACAUAUUGUAAAUCGUUUCCAUCCUUUAUAAAUGUAUUGGUAUGUUUCAUAGUUUGUUUCUUCAAUCACAAUGCACAAGAUUUACAGAUGAAAAAAAAAUAAGGAUAAUAGACGUCCUCAGUUUUAUACACCAUUUACAAAUAUAUA